AUGUCUGCUUUAUUUGCUGUAUCAAGAUCAGCAAUGGCUGCUCGUGCUUUAGUUUCAAGAUCAUCAACACAAAUGAUUAAUACUACUUCAUUUUUAACAUUAGCUAGAAUGUACUCAUCAGGCAAAUUUCCACCGCAUACAGUAAUUAAUAUGCCAGCAUUAUCACCAACAAUGACACAAGGUAAUAUUCAAGAAUGGUCAAAAAAAGUUGGUGAUGAAUUACAACCUGGUGAAGCUAUAGCAGAAAUUGAAACUGAUAAAGCUUCAAUGGAUUUUGAAUUCCAAGAAGAAGGUUAUUUAGCCAAAAUUCUUAAGGAUAGUGGUAGUAAAGAUGUUCCUGUUGGAGAACCAAUUGCUGUAUAUGUAGAAGAAGCAGAUGAUGUUCCAGCUUUUGAAAAUUUUACUGCUGCUGACGCUGGUGAAGCUCCAAAACAACCAAAAGAAGAAGAAUCAAAAGAAGAAAAACCAAAGGAAGAACCAAAAGAAGAAGCAAAAGAAACUAAAGAAUCAAAACCAUCAACCGCCCCAUCAAAAUCUGCUGCUCCAACUGAUAGAAUUUUUGCUUCACCAUUAGCUAAAACUAUUGCAUUAGAAAAAGGUAUUGCCUUAAAAGGAGUUAAAGGUUCAGGUCCACAUGGUAGAAUUGUAGCUAAAGAUCUUGAAGGUCUUGAAUCCAAAUCUGCUGCUCCAAGUGCUGCUUCAACCCCAAGUGCUGCUGCUGCUACCUCAGCCCCAGGUGCUACUUACGAAGAUAUUCCAAUCACAAGUAUGAGAAAGACAAUUGCAACAAGAUUAUUACAAUCAACUCAACAAUCACCAACAUAUAUUAUUCAAUCACAAAUUUCAGUAUCAAAAUUAUUAAAAUUACGUGCUUCAUUAAAUUCAUCAGCUGAUGAAAGAUAUAAAUUAUCAGUAAAUGAUCUUUUAAUUAAAGCUAUUGCAAUUGCAUCAAUAAGAGUUCCACAAGUUAAUUCUGCUUGGUUAGGUGAUCAAGGAAUUAUAAGACAAUAUAAUAAUGUUGAUGUAUCAGUAGCUGUUGCAACACCAACUGGAUUAAUUACUCCAAUUGUUAAAGAUGCUCAUAACAAAAGAUUAUCAGCAAUUUCAAAUGAAGUUAAAGAUUUAGGUAAAAGAGCAAAAAUUGGAAAAUUGAAUCCAGAAGAAUAUCAAGGUGGUACUAUUUGUAUUUCUAAUUUAGGUAUGAAUCAUGCAGUUAGUGCUUUUACAUCAAUUAUAAAUCCUCCACAAUCUGCUAUUGUUGCUAUUGGUACUACUGAAAAGAAAGCAGUACCAAGUGAAGUUAAUGAACAAGGUUUUAUAUUUGAUGAUGUUUUAACUAUUACUGGUACUUUUGAUCAUAGAGUUGUUGAUGGUGCGUUAGGUGGUGAAUGGAUUAAAGAAUUGAAAAGAAUUAUUGAAAAUCCUUUAGAAAUGUUGAUUUAA